ACGAUCUUUGUAAGGGGUAAACGUCAAAAUCGAAUAAAUAGUCGUCUGCAGUGGCAGACGUCAUAAUACAGGACAGAUGAGUAGAGUGGGGUGCGAGCAAGUGUCAAUUUGAUUAUUGUUGUAUGUUUGAUAACAGUGCGGAUUACAGUCUGUUAUUUAAUACCGAUGAUUGAGAAAUUGCGCUUAAAAAUUUUUGAGGGUGCCACGGGGAGGCGAGAAGGGCCACCCUUUUAAUUCCGGGGAAGGAAUGACGCUGGAAGACCCCUUCUUUGUCGUCAAGGACGAGGUGUGCAAGGCUCUAAACAAAACACGAGCAUUAUACGGGCGUUGGACAGAGUUACAAGAUGGGUCGAAUGCAACAUCAACUCCAACUGUAGUCGGAGGACUUCCGGUUUCGCGUGAAGAACUUGAGUGGACGACCACGGAAUUGCGGAACGCUCUCAGAUCUAUCGAGUGGGAUUUAGAAGAUUUAGAGGACACGAUCUGUAUCGUAGAAAAGAAUCCAAAUAAAUUUAAAAUCGAUAAUAAGGAAUUAACUAUCCGAAGAAACUUCAUAGAACAGACUCGUGAGAUGGUUAAGAUUAUGAAAGAAAAAAUGAAUGUUAGCAGAGGACGAGACCGCGAUCAUACCGCUAGACAGCCUCUGCUGGACAACAGUCCGGCAAGAGUUCCCGUCACUCACGGAACAACAAAGUACAGUAAGCUGGAAAAUGAAAUGGACAGUCCUAACAGGCAGUUCCUUGAGGACACGCUACAGCAGCAAAGCACAAUGAUGCAUCAACAAGACGAGCAGCUAGACAUGAUUGGAGAAAGUAUUGGUACUCUGAAAACCGUGUCUCGUCAGAUAAACACCGAGCUAGACGAGCAAGCUGUAAUGCUAGAUGACUUUGGAAAUGAGCUGGAAGUAACGGACUCAAAAUUGGACGCAACAAUGAAGAAAAUGGCAAAAGUCCUUCACAUGAGCAAUGGUAACUAUAACAAUUACAUUCCUGCUCCUACCACCUCAUCGUCUACAGCAUCCGACCUUAUUUCUAAGCCUUCCUCUUUAUCCUCUUUAUCCUCUCUAUCUAGUACCUUAACAAACUGUUUCUUGUGUUCCGCAGAAUAGAAUAUUGGUAAUAGUGUUCUGGUCAUGUAAACAUAAGCUGCAAAUCCCUGUAAUUCUUAAUUCUCAUGUUGAUGUACGCUUGAUUUAACAAAAAAUUUCGAUUUGAACGUAACAUUUUGCAACAAAGUUUGAAAAUAAAAUUAUAUUGCAACAACAGCAGCUUAUGUUCACAUAAGUAAUAUUCAUUAACCUGUUCAGUCUGUGCAGUAUCACUUUGCACAAUUUUAAUUUUAAUUUGGUGCAUCACAAGGUCACGAGAGAAAAAUACGCGGAAUUUAGAAAAAUUUGUGAAUCUAAAUUAAUUUAUUCAGGACUGAACGGGUUAAUGGUACGACAAAGAGUUUAUAGUUUACAACAGAUUAUCCUGAUUAAAUAGUAUUUUCCGUGUCUAUAAAGUAUACACGUAUAUUGGGGGUGAAUAUAUGAUUGAAUACAUUGAAAUGAAUGCAUGUAUUCCAUUUACAUGGCAUAGUCUUACUCAAACGAAACACUUUGGUACACACAGGCUACCAAUUUCGACAGUACUCAGAAUUUGGUUUUUAGCCAUGUUUCAAGAAAGUCACCCAAGUUUAUAUUUUUUCUAUCCCUUGAUGUUGGAAUGUAUAACAUUGGAUUAGUUAUAAACUCAAAUCUAGUUUUCAUGGCGAGUACCGUCAAAAUCAGUCACCAUGCAUCUAAAAAAAGUGUCCUGUUGCAGCAAAACUAUUUCACAUAUGUGUAAAAAAAAUCCUCUAUCUAAUAUGUGCUUUAGACAAUAAUGUACUAUCUAUUUGAUCAAAAAAUGGUAAAGAAGAAUUAUAAGGUAACUUUUUAAGAGUUUCAACUAGUUAAAACUAUGAUGGUAGGUAUUUUAAAUACUGUCAUCCCAAAGGUUGUGUCAAUAUAAUUACCUAUUAGGCUGUUGUAUGUACAUUGUACAUAGUUACCACCAUUAAACGUCAGAGAAAUAUUGAACGGGAUGUACACUUGAGUUUUCCUUUAGUAAGAGUAAAAUUAUAUGUAGAGGAAUCAGCAAAUAGCAUCAAAUUUUCUGUACUGCAUAAUGAAAUAAUGUCACUCGUAUACCUAGUCUAACAAGAUCUGAAGUUAAAAAAAAUUUGUAUACAUAUAGCAUAGUAUUACAUUAGAUAUUAAAAUCGUGUUGUUGACAACUACUAUGAUUAUAAUACAUAUGUUAUAAAAUUGUUGUAGAAUCGGUUGAAGCAUUGAUUCUGAACUUGUAGAAGUGUAGAAUCUCAGCUGAUUAUUCUGUUGUUGGGGCAUAGAAAAACUUACUUGUAUACCUAGAUGAACAGAUAAACGUUAAUAGUUCAUUGGAACCAGAUGUUAACCAUUCUAAAUGAUGUUUUUGAGAGAAAGUACACAUUCAAUCCAAAUAUUCGUAUUUGUGUAAAGAUUUUAGAAAACUGUAACCAGUAGUCAUUGAGGCAAAGUGAAAAGUAAUUCGUCUUAAUUGAACACCAAAUGAUUAUAGGUAUACGUCGCUUAGUUGCAUCAUACUCCAGACUACAUAUUCAUGUAAAUUA